GCCGCUUGGUCAAAAAUUUCCAAAAGACAAUAUAUUUGAAAAAAAAAAUAUUCUUGGGUUUUGAAAUACAGCUACCUUGAACGCAGUUGUUCUAUCGACAAUGACUCGGUUUGGUAGUGCGUAUUAACACUACGUUUGUGUCACGGUUACACCCGUUGGGCCAAAUAAGUGUUUGGUUGUGCAGCCCAUUGUGUUUCAGCCAACAGAGUUCAUAACCACGUUCCAACCCACGUUCUAGCCCACAACGCCGAUCUCGUUCACUCGUGAAUCUCCAUUCUCGUGACUCGACGAAGACGAUCUCCCCUCGCGACCUCCACGGCAUCCGCUGCUACGACUGAGCACCACUAUGGGAUUCGCGACCAACUCAACUAAAAUCAGUAUGAGUCAUACCACACCUCCUGCACCAUCAACCCCUGUACCAGACAAGGCCAAUUGGGACUCUGCCCAAACCAAAGUGUUUGUUGAUCUUUGUGUCGAACAAGUAAAUGAAGGACGUAGACCUGGUUCACACUUCACCAAAGAAGGCUGGCAGAAGAUAGCUGCUGGAUUUUUUGAGAAAACAGGGAAGCGAUAUGAUCAGCCACAAUUCAAGAACAAAUGGGACAAUUUGAAGAAGGAUUACAAAUUGUGGAAGAAAUUGCGCCUUCAUGACACUGGGACUGGAUGGGACAAUGUCCGUAACACCAUUCUUGCUGACAAUGACUGGUGGGAGAGAAGAAUUAAGGAAGACAAGAAGGUUGCAAAGUUUCGAAUCCAAGGACCAGAAAACCUUGAGCAAUUGGAGGCACUAUUUGAUGGUCAAUUUGCCACUGGUGAAUUUGCAAUGUUUGUAGGUGCAUCACACCAAAAUCCAGUCCAAACUAAUGAAGAAUUGCUAAAGACCAGCACUGGUGAAAAUGUGCAUUCUAUCCAUCUCGGCUCUGAUUCUUCCAGUGAUCAAGAGUUUGAAGUAAACAUUGAGCAGAGUAAUGAAGUGACUAGCUCCCCCACACUGACACCUCGUCAAGUUAAGAGGAGGUCAAGCAAAUCAGGGACACGUGGGAAGAAGAAGCGUAGGGCAUCCGCGUCUGAUUAUCACGAAGACAUUAGCAAGUCCUUAGGCAAUCUUGUGUCAGCAGUGAGCAGCUGGACAAAUGCAAUUGCCAGUCCCCCUAUUUCAUCUGUAAAAGCUGAAAUAGCUGAGUGUAUGAGAAUUUUGGAGGAAAUUCCUGAGACUGCCGAGAUGGGAGAUUUACUAUUGUUUGCUCUCAAGUUGUUUCAGAACAAAGAUCAUCGUGAGUACUUCACUGCAAUGUUACGCAGGGACUGGCAGCUUGCGUGGUUGAAGAUGGUGUACGCGGAUGCAACGGGGGGUGGGGCAGGAGGCAGCACCUGAAGAAUUUUAAAAUUUUUUUUUAUCAUUUUCACUUAGUAUAAGUUUAGACUGUUAUAUGAUUUAAAUUCGGGACAUUAUUGAUAACAAGGAUGAUUUUAAUUGUAGUUGUUAUGUUUAUUUGGGAUUGUACUUAAGUUUUUUAAGGUUUGGCCUUACCUAUAAUGGUUUGGGCAAGCUUCUGCUAUAAUCUCUAUAUUGUCAAUAUAUUAUGAGUAGUUUUUAACAAGAAGUUAAUUUGAUUUGCUUUA